UGGUCCCAACUGUCACAACCCAAUCCAUUUUGGAGAAGGCAUUCAACGUUUCGCGAUAGGAAGGCUUUACACCAGACCAUCAAAGCAUAUCGACAAGAGAACUUAGACGCCAUCCUUUCAGCGCCCAACUCAGAGUUGACAAACCAAUCUCGCCCUACCGUUUCUCUUGAACCCAUUCUUUGGCUCACAAUGAGCUUUAUUGACCGUAGUCGCUGUCUUCGUUGA